AGAGGGAGCGGUUCGUCUCACUUUGAAUUGGAAUGACUUGUGUGUGUUAUCAUUCCAUUCUGUCAUAGAUGUAAAAUCUACCGUUCUCACGUUAUUCGUCUGGAAAAGGCCAGAAUGGAGGCUGACGAGGAGGCUGUGGCUCUGGUGAUUGACAACGGGUCCGGCAUGUGCAAGGCAGGCUUUGCGGGCCACGACGCUCCUCGGGGGGUCUUCCCUUCCAUCGUGGGGCGCCCGAGGUAUCAGGGCAUCAUGGUGGGUAUGGGGCAGAAGGACUCGUACGUGGGAGACGAGGCCCAGAGCAAAAGGGGCGUCCUGACAGUGAAGUACCCCAUCGAGCACGGCAUCGUCACCAACUGGGACGACAUGGAGAAAAUCUGGCAUCACACCUUCUACAACGAGCUGAGAGUCAACCCCGAGGACAGGGCCGUUUUACUGACCGAGGCGCCGCUCAAUCCCAAGGCGAACAGAGAACGGAUGACGCAAAUCAUGUUCGAAACCUUCAACACGCCUGCGAUGUACGUGGCGAUCCAGGCCGUGCUCUCUCUCUACGCAUCCGGACGCACUACUGGCAUCGUCUUAGACUCCGGCGAUGGCGUUUCUCACACAGUGCCUAUCUACGAGGGCUACGCCCUCCCGCACGCCAUCCUGCGCCUGGACCUGGCGGGGCGCGACCUCACGGACUAUCUCAUGAAGAUCCUGACGGAGCGCGGCUACUCCCUCACCACCACCGCCGAGCGAGAGAUCGUCAGGGACAUCAAGGAGAAGCUGUGCUACGUGGCCUUGGACUUCGAGCAGGAGAUGACGACCGCCGCCUCGUCCUCGUCGCUGGAGAAAUCCUACGAGCUCCCCGACGGGCAGAUGAUCACCAUCGGCAACGAGAGGUUCCGGUGCCCCGAGGCGCUGUUCCAGCCUUCGUUCCUGGGCCUGGAGUCCUUCGGCAUCCACGAGACCACCUACAACUCCAUCAUGAAGAGCGACCUGGACAUCCGCAAGGACCUGUACGGCAACACGGUGCUCUCGGGCGGCACCACCAUGUACCCUGGCAUCGCCGACCGCCUCACGCACGAGCUGAGCGAACUGGCUCCCCCGACCAUGAAGGUGAAGAUUACGGCGCCGCCCGAACGCAAGUACUCCGUGUGGAUCGGCGGCUCCAUCCUCGCCUCGCUAGCCACUUUCCAGCAGAUGUGGAUCAGCAAGAGGGAAUACGAAGAGUGCGGCCCCUCCGUCGUGCACAGGAAGUGUUUUUAAAGGGGCUGAACUCCGACCGGCUUUGGAGAGCCUGUGACGUCUCCCGCCCACUUGUGCAAAGUCGAUUUUUUUUUAUUUUUUUUUUCCUUGUUUCUCUCUCUCUCUCUCUCUCUCUCUCUCUUCUUUUUUUUUCUCUCUGGUGAGAAUAGCCGGCGGGAUGCUUGUGGUACGAGUGCCGGAAGUGCCAGUGCUUGGAUGACGUCACUCGUGGGCACAAUAGUCGCAGCAAAACCUCUCUUCGGAAUAUAAAGAUAAAUGCCGCAGUGUAAAAGUUUCGCCUGUGUAGCACCGCCGGCCUCCUCUGCUGAUGCAUCCAUUAUGUGAGAAGGAAAGGAAAAGGAAAAAAAAAAAAAAGCCACAUAUUUAUGCUCUCUC